UCCUAAGCCACAAAUAUUAACGGUCUUUCUCAUUUACUCUUAAAAAAGGAAACAACGCCCAAAAUUCAGUUAAAAGAUUAAAAGUAAAAAAAUGGAUUCGUUGUUUCAAAACAAAAACCAGAUUCUUUUCUCCUACGAGAACACCAAAACAAUGGCGCUAACUCCUCCUCCUUCUAUUUCUUACCCAAAAUUACUCCAAAUUUCUGUUAAAUCUCCAUCUCCAUUGGUACAUUAUCUUCUCUUCGAUUCUCGACGGCGAGAUGCUUCUCCGGUUCUGCUUCAAAAGCCCUUCGGACUUCGUCUACUUCCGGCCGUAAUGAGACCACUGUCUUUUGAGAAGUUCGAGUGCUUUGCUAGAUCAUCGUCAACGGAGGAGGAUCGUUUGAUCGAUGCAGAAAAAAUGACCGUGUCAAAUGCCGGUGAAGGUGAAGUCGAUGAAGGAGGGAGGGAUGAUCCGAAGGUGAAGCAACAUCAAAAUUCAUUGGUUGCCGCGCAGAGGAUCGCUUCCUCUCCCAGUGAUUCUUUCUUGCUUGGAAUUCGUGAACCGAUUUAUGAGGUGGUAGAGGUGAAGCCAAAUGGAAUUUUAUCUACACGGAAGAUAAGCCGACGUAAAUUAUUGAAAUCAAGUGGCCUUUGUCCAAGAGAUAUCCGCAGUGUUGAUCCGUCUUUAUUCUUGACAAAAUCAGUCCCAUCUCUUCUGGUAAUUGACCCUUGUACGUGAGCAUGCCAUUCUACUUAAUCUGGGAUCAUUACGAGCAAUAGCAAUGAAAGACCGUGUUCUUAUAUUCGAUUAUAAUAGGUAAAUCUUUCCUGCAUCUGUGCAAAUAUGAUUUCAUUGUGAUCUCAUUAUUCUCACCAUUACCAUCAAUUCAUCUUGAUUUACUGUGAACUGAUAAUGAUGAUUGUUGCAUGUGUUUGUUAUUUAUAGUGAAGGAGGAAAAGCUUUUAUUGAAACAUUGUUGCCUUGAUUGAGUAACAUGAAUGGAGUGCAGGUUGUGCCAUUUGAGCUUGAGGUUUGUGUCAAACUCAAGAUCCUUGCUCUGAGAUGCUGAAGUACAGAAGUCAUUCAUGCUUUCUUCUCUGGGUCGAUGCUAUAAUCUUAAACAUCUGAGCUUGUUAAGAGUCUUUAGUUGUGGUACUUCCAGGUUGUUGAAGCAGCAUUAGUUUCACGGAUGCAGCAGUUGGAGCAGAAACUAGUGGAUUUGGAACCUCGUGUGAGUAUGUGAACAUAGUGAGUGCAUUUUUUUGUUUGUUUCUUGUUUUCACUUCUCUUUUCUCUUUUACAAGCUUUAUGGUAAAUUGUCAAAUCCCUGAAGCUGCAGACGACUGGUCCCUCAUUUCCUACAGUAGUUGCUUGCAAUUUCAGCAGAAAACAAUUUUGUUUGGUUUUCAAGGUUCAAGCUAUACUUAAGGUGUUGCCUAAAAAAUUAACCGGUGACAUAUUGGAGCAACUUCGUAUUAGCAAGCAGACUUUGGUUGAAUUGGGUUCAAAAGCAGGGGCUCUUAGACAAAUGCUGCUUGAUCUUUUGGAAGAUCCUGAUGAAAUACAUAGAAUAUGUACUAUGGGAAGAAAUUAUACACUUAAAAGGGGAAAUGAUGAUGUGGAAUGUUCUUUACCUUCAGAAAAGCUGAUUGUUGAAGAAGAGGUGGAAGAAAUUGUGAUCUUCAAAGG